GUCGUUUCCCCCGCCUUUCUAACAGAGGGGGCUAUCAACAAUGCGCGGUAUAAGUAGAUACGUCGCCACCAGACAGCACAUUUUGUUCGCGACACUCCAAGACACGAUAUAUUAGUGACACAUUAAAAUGGAUUACAAAAUUAGAGCACUCCCCCUGUUCCUGAUCGUAGCGACAGUGGUUGCGCAGUAUGGCGAGGAGUUUGGAGGGUACGAGGGGUACCACAAAGCGCCCAUACAGCUGCACCAUCAACAGAGCUUGGAUGACCACCACGGGGAAGAAUAUGAUAUGGAUUACCAUGCGCACCCGAAAUAUUCGUUCGACUACUCCGUGAAGGACCCACACACCGGUGAUAACAAGGAACAUUGGGAGACCAGAGACGGUGACAAGGUCAAAGGAACCUACACCUUAAUCGAGACGGACGGCACGAAACGCGUAGUGGAAUACGAGGCAGACGACAAGAACGGUUUCAACGCGGUCGUGCACAAAAUAGGAACGCCUAAGCACGAAGAAUAUGAACACAAACCCGUGCACGAGUACGAGGCGAAGCCGGCUUUAGAACCUCUGCACUACCAACACGACUAUGGUCAUUUCGACGAAGGAUUUGUCCCAGUCGCCGGCGGGUUUGGCCAUUAA